AUGGUUUUAGUAUCUUUCAGAAUAAACACGGGAAACUUCUUGUUGGAAGUGCAGGUGGAAGGCAGGCCCGGCUGGCUCCUGGCAUGUCACCAGCGGUGGAAUCUCUCCCUGGGGACUCUGAUCUGUAGGCAGCUGGGAUACCUCCAACUCGCCCACCACAAAGGAGUGAACCUGACAGAUGUCAAGGUGAACGAUACGCAAGAGUUGGUUCAGAUUGUGCCCAACCAGAAGAGCAGCAUUGAAGACGUGUGGCAGGUCAGGAGCAGCUGUGCUUCAGGGCGAAUUGUGGCUCUGAAGUGCUCCGAGUGCGGCCUGCGCUCCAGGGCAGCCCGGAUCGUGGGGGGAAGCGACGCCCCGUUGGGACGCUGGCCGUGGCAGGUCAGCCUGUACCUCAACUCCAGACACGUGUGCGGAGGCUCCGUGGUGGCGCACGACUGGAUCGUCACGGCCGCUCACUGCGUGCACAAUUACAGGUGGCCACAGGUCUCCAGCUGGCUGGUCUUUGCCGGGAUUAUCGCCCACGUCUCAGUCCCACAGCAGGCCCAUGUGGUGGUGGAGAAAAUCAUCCACCACCCCCACUAUGACGACAGGAGUCACGACUAUGACAUCGCACUGAUGAAACUCAGAGCGCCCUUGAACUUCUCUGCUGUGUUGCUUCACCUCCCAGAGAGAAGUCAGUCUGAAGAAGGGGGAAUGUUAGCUAUAUUUCUACCUUUACCAUAAGGGUGCAGGGCCUAUUCUCCCUUUCAGUAAGUUCUGCAGAGAGGAUCAGGCCAGUGCUGGCAGUUCACAUGGGCCUUGGCUCUAAGAUGUCAUAGUUUUGGAUUACUGAGGUACAGGCCUCUUGCAGCUGGCCCUCCUGAAUCCUAGCUGAGCCAACUUCAGGCAUCUUUCUCUGCAGCUGUGUUAAUAAGCAUGGGGCAGCAGCCCUUUGAGUUUAGAGGCUAGCAGUGUGGUUUCCUUAGAUGCUGGUUGCUUUGUGGAAGCAGAAAGGAGAGAGCACAGUACAGGCUUUGCCACUUACAUGAAAAAUACAGAAGGUGGGUACACAUUCAUUUAUACUGCACCCAAACAGGGUGUUUGGUUGUUGCCACAAUGGAAAGGGACACACCACAGUGUUUCUGCUCUGAAGAGCAGGUACUUAAUUUUAGCUACACCAGAGCUGGUGGGAGAGGGAGAACAGCUAGUGGUUAUCCUAGGAGAUCACUUUGGUAAAGGGCUCUGCAGCUGUUUAGAUAAUUG